GGCUUACUGCGACAUGGACUCAGAGGGAGGACGCUGGACGGUUUUCCAGAGGAGGAUGGAUGGCUCUGUAAACUUCUACAGACCCUGGGCGGAGUACAAGAGAGGCUUUGGAAACGCUGCUGGAGAGUACUGGCUGGGUCUUGAUAACAUCCAUGAAUUGACACGGAGUCAGAAUUAUGAACUGAUGGUCGACAUGGAGGACUUUGAAGGAAACAAAAAGUUUGCUCUUUACUCUUCAUUAAAGUCGAUGCUGAGGUUGAUGGUUACCUUCUGCAUGUGAGUGGUUUCAACAACAAA